GGCGGCGGCAGACGUGUCUGGGCAGGGAUGCGGUGCAGAGGGCUUCUUCUCUCUCAGCACCAUGAGCGGGAGCCUCGGCACGCCGACCACCACCCUCCUCAACCGCACGGCCGCACAGGAGGCACGGGGCCAGGACAUGAGCGCCUCCAUCCACGAGUUUAGAGUGUUCAACAUCACCAUCACCUCUUUGGCCCUGUGCAUCCUCACAGUGACCGCUGUCCUCUGCAGCAUCUCUCUCCUCCGCCGCAGGAGGCAAUCCAAGCAGGCGCGUGUCUAUGAGAGCGCUGUGGGGGGCUACGAGGCCUCUCUCCCCGCCACCCUGGCAGCGGCGGUGGCGCCUGACCCGUCGUCCGGCCUGGCCCUGCUUCUGAGGAGGGAGGUCCGGUGCAGCCUCCGCCGGCCGCUGGCCUUGUUCCGCGGCCGGGAGGCGCCCAAGGACAACUCCCGCAUCUACUACAUCUACACCAACCCCCUCCCCGUCGGCAAGGACGAAGAGGAGGAGGAGGAGGAGGAGGAGGAGGAGAGGAGGAGGAAGGUGGCAGCGAUGGAGGAGGAGGAGAGUAAGACUGGUGCAGGAGGAGAAGAGGGGAGGCGGGGAGGAGGAGGAGGAGGAGUGGAGGAGCCGCCCUCGCUGUACCAGCUCGCCCAGGAGCCCAGCAGUGGCAUCACCCUCACCGCCGAGACUUUUUACAUGCAGCUGUAGACACGUGUGUGUGUGUGUCUUUGUGUGUUUAUAUAUCAGGACAAGAAAGUCUAGAAGUCGAAGACAGGUGUGUGUGUGUGUGUGUCUGCAAGCCAACAUCUGGUUGUGAUAAUCACAAGUCUGGAUGUAGUGGGUUCACCCCUUAACCUUCCCGUGUUUACACUUCUUCACUGGAGGAAAGGUGUGGUCUAACCAGCUGUGUACUCUGGCUGAUCAGCAGGUGAUAAAUCACCCUGACAGUCCGUUCUAGAGGCUCAAAUCAAGUGGGAAGACAGACACGUGCUGUUCCAGACAACGGGAGCACAAGGACACAGGCAGAUGUGUGCAGUUUGUAGGGUUUUUUUAAUUGAUUUAUAAUAAAGAGUUUAGAGUGACAGACAGUAUGAAAUGUGCUGGCUGGAGAGAGAGAGAGAGAGAGAGAGAGAGAGAGAGAGAGAGAGAGAGAGAGAGAGAGAGA